AUGGACCAUUACUUUAUUUUUGGAGCACUGCCCAUUAUUUUCCUGACCAAUGCCACGUUGACCAUGCUGUACUACGUUGGUGCCAUGCAAUUCCUGAUCAAAUGUAUCGGCAGCUUUCUGCGUUUUGUCUUGAAAACGUCGCCUGUGGAGAGUUACAGUGUUGCCGCUGGCAUUUUCCUAGAAGGGUACGUCUCUAUACUGUCCCUGAGGCCUUAUCUAGAUAGAGUUUCCAAGUCGGAAUUAUUUCUGAUCAUCAGUUCAGUUUUUGCCUCGCUUGGUGGAACGUAUCUGGCCAUUCUUUCUUCACUUGGCGUAUCCCUGGAGUUUCUGAUCCCGGCCAUGGUGGUGUCCGCCCCUGCCACGUUUGCUGUGUGUAAGCUCAUGGUGCCAGAGACUAGGAACAUGGCCGAGACAGACAAGGAGUUGGAGAUAGGAGACGAGGAGAAAAAGAAAUACACCAACAUAUUUGAUGCCGCCCAAACGGGAGCGACCGCUAUGCUGGCCGUUAUUGGCAACAUGUUGACGGUGUCGUUCGCUUUUUUCUCAUACAUCGAGUGGAUCAACAACACGCUCGAGUGGUUUGGUGACAGGGUGGGGAUCACCAAAUUGAGUAUAGAGCUCAUUUCAUCGUAUCUUUUGUAUCCCGUUGCCUUGGCAAUGGGUAUCGAACCGGAAGACUGCAGAAAUGUCGCCAUGUUGCUUGGUUUCAGAAUCGGUAUCAACAAUAUUAUCGCCUUUUUCAGGUUGACAGAUUUAAAAAUAAACAAAGCCAAGUACGACAACUAUAUGCUGAGUACGAAUUGGACAGGAACGAUAACUCGAAACAGAGACGAAGUUAUCCUGGAUAUGUGGAACGUUACUUUAAAACACGGAUUCAUUUCUAAACGAUCAGAGGCGAUUAUAACCUACUGCCUGUGUGGGUUCUCUAGUUGUUUCACCGUGGCCAUCAUCAUCGGCAUUAUGUACACGCUCCUGCCCCAGAGGAAAGUCUGGAUAUCAAAGAUUGCACUAUCUGCACUCAUCGCCGGCAACAUAGCCAACUGCAUGACGGGAUGUUUUGCUAGUAUAUUCUACUAGAAAACUAAUAAUAGGCCUAACUCAGUUCUGAUGGACAAAUUAAAAACAGGGACUGUAAAGCUGGAUCUUCAAAAACAAGACUGGGAACAUGCAGAAUUUAGAUGAUAAACUACGGGAACAAAUUACUAAAGCUAAAAAUAAGCCAAACUAUUUUCUAAACCAUAUUUUUCAUCGAGAAACAUUCGAUAAAAAAACAGUAAAGACUUUGUUUUAAAACAUCUUU